AGCUCCGGCCCGAACCGGCCACGCGCGGCCGAAUGCCUCCGCGGCGCCUGCCGCGCCCCGUGCCGCAGCGCGGGCCCGGCCCGGCGGGGCGGGGCAGGCCCAGGCCGCGCACCCCAUGCUGGACGCCUGGGCGGAGGUCGCGGGCGAGGGCGGCGGCCCUCCAUGGCGGAGCUGGGGCGGCGCCUCCGCGGCGGAGCGCGCCGGCGACGGCCACGGCGGUGCCCUGGUGCGGCUGGGCCAGGCGGAGGGGCGAGCCGCCAAGAGCCUGGAGGCCAGCCAGGCCGCCAUCGCCGUGCACCUCGAGGCCCUCUCCGAGCGGCUGGCGAGGGCGGAGGGCCAGCAGCGCCAGAGCUCCGCGGGCUGCCUCGACGGCGGCAGAGGAGGCUCCCCUGGCGAGGACGGGAGCUGCCAGCCGCGGGCGGAGGAGGAGGAGGAGGAGGAGGAGGAGAAGAAGGAGGAGGACAGAGAAGAUGAUGGCGCAGUGGAUCCGGACCCUGACGAGCGGCAGCGGAGUUAUGCCGAGCUCCUCGCUGUUCUGCAGAAGAACAUGAACUGCGUCAGCGUGCACAACUGGAGCCUCUGCGCAGCCACCCGUGCGGGGUCGACUUGCGCCAGUGGGUGCUGCGCCCUGGUACCGUCGGUCGUGUUGUUGGUCGUGCAGUGUUUUGUGCUGCACGCCAUGGGCUUCGAAGCAUUGCACCCUACCUGCAGCAGCAACACAGACUGCCUAGCCGACAUGUGGUGUGCGCCGAGCCACGGCCUAUCGGGCCUCACCAGAACUCCUGGCAUGUGCGACGACUGUGUGUGGGCCAGCAGGUUGGACAGCCAGGACUUCGACAGUCUCCCUUCUCGGUACGACGUCGAUGCGUACGCUGCUCUUACCGCCGUUGACCUGGCAAUUGACGAGACCUUAUCGUCUGCUAUCUCACAUUGCGAAACGAGAGAUAGUGACCCGGAUCGCUGCGACUUCAUCGUUGAUUUCCACGAGCAGUUCACAGUGGGUGCUUACAUCGUGCUCGUGACCACGAUCUUCAUCAUGAUAGCCUUUCUUAUCAAGGACAUGGAUCGGCAGGUGCAGGUCGCAGAGGUGUUCGAGCACCGGAUCACGAACGUGGCCACCACCUCUACGCUCACCAGGUUUCUCAUCACCGGAACAGCUUCACUGAUCCUCAACCUGAGGAGAUUCGUAUUGCCCGGGGUUGUGGUAUAUACGUACGCGGCUCUUGUGUUAGCUCCCACUCGAGACGUGUCGCUGCCAGUGUCUUACGUGCUCAACGGACUUGUCAUCGGCUUCGUCUACAAAGUCGACGCUCUGCUUGCCGCGGCGUUCCUGCAAACGGCUGCGCAAUCACUUGUCAUUGAGGCUUUUGCUGACAUGGAGGCUCACAUGCGCGGGGGCGCGAAAGAACGCCUCUCGGGCGUUGUGCUGUUGGGUUUCCACCGCUUCGCGGCUAUGAUUUUUGCCAUUCUCGUCUUGGGAAUCAUAUCGGGCACAGAACAUAUGAUGAGCUCCUUCAACUUGGAUUGGGACGAAUUUCCCACGAAAUGGGUCGAGAACCCCUCGGGUAGAUCGUGCACCAAUGUCAUGAACAUGUUGUGUUCAGUUGCCGUGGUAACAGCUGCUUUCCUCGCGCUUGUCUGGAGUGUGACCCGCUACGCUGCGAACCCCGUGGAGCGGUGCGACCGCAGCGGGCUGUUCCUUUUGGUUGAUGCGAUCGUUUCGCCGGUCUCUGUGCUUGUGACCGUGCCAGUGGUUUCGCACAUGUUCCGAAGGUUCGGACACGUGGCGAUGGUGUGAGCAGGCGGCACGUCGCAGCUCGGCAGCCCGUGCCUCGAUGUCGUGCAGGCGCACGGGGCCGCCGGAGCGGCCCUCGACGGUCAAAGGACCGCUUCCUUUUUAGGAUCGAGAGGGUCUUUUUGUUGGUUAACCGCUGCAUUCUUCGAACGGUGGUCUCUCCUCUCGGUCGACGCGCGCCAGCUUCGAUACGCCGGGCCCAGCGCGCCUUCUGUGCUGGGAGCCGCCGCGCCUGCUCGAAUGCACAGAUCUCGAAUGUGCUGCUCGCACCAAUGCCCGAAGGUAACGUCCUCCUAUCCGCCAGAGGCGGUGAGGGGAGCUUCGUCCUGUCCCGCCGCGUCGCGCCUGCGUCGGCCGCCCUCGGUUUCCCUCCGUCGGCGGCGGCCAAGAGGGGGGCCACGAACCUCCCUCUUGGACGCCCCCCUCUUGGACGCCCCUGACUCUGCCGCGGGCACGCGUCAUGAGUCAAUGCGCUCAGAUGGACUCCUCUCGAUGCACGCUUGACUUGGUGAUGUGCACUCACUUUGACCUC